CGGGGGCAGUGGGGGUGGUAGUGUGGGGACUGCGCGGUUCUGUAAUGCUGGGCUGCUGAGGGGAGUCCGGGCUCGCUGGAGGCCGAGUGUUCAGCCUGGUGCUGGUUCUGAUCCAUGCCCGAGCUCAGAGCUGGAGGACCGGGGGGAAGAUGGUGGAGUCCGGCCGCUGAAGCCGCGCAGCAGCUCCCCAGCGCCUGAUCUGAGUUCCCGCUGCACAGCUGCGACUCUGCCCCGUCUCCGCGCGCCGCUCCUCCCGGACUUAGUCCGCCUGUUUUCGGCCUGUUUCUGAGCUCCUGCCCGGCGCAAUGCGGAGCUCCGAGGAGCCGGAGGUUUUUGAUGGCGAGGCCUCCAGCGCCUCCAUGAUGAGCGGCGCCAGCAGCCCCUACCAGCCGACCACCGAGCCUGUCCAGGCGGCCAGGGGGGUCCGAGGCAUCCGCUGGGACACGGAAUACCUCACCUCCACCUUCGGCAUCCUCAAAGCGAUAGAAGUGGUCCUCUCCAUGAUCGGCUUCAUCUGCAUUGAGACGGUGAUGCUGUGUUCUCCGUGUGCGGGGGUGUACCUGUUCGAGUUUGUGAGCUGCAGUGCCUUCGUUGUUACGGGAGUUUUACUCCUCAUCUUCACCUUAAACCUGCACACCAAAGUACCGCAGGUCAACUGGAGUCUAACGGACCUGAUAAACACCGCCUCCAGCACAGUCUUCUUCUUCCUGGCCUCCGUGGUCCUGGCAGCUCUGAACCACCAGAGUGGAGCUGAGAUCGCAGCUGUGAUUUUUGGCUUUUUGGUGACGGGUGUGUACGGGGUGAACACGUACCUGGCGGUGCGACGAUGGCGUCUGGGGGAGCAGCGCCCCCUGCAGACCAGCGAGUACAUCCGCGCCCGCACUGCCUCACGGGGGGAGGUGGAGGCACGGCCGGAGUUGCAGUAACACACUCUUCACACACACACACACACACACACGCACACACACACACACUCUCUCACAGUAAUGCAGGGAGAGGCAGAGACUCAGUAACGCACAUUCUGGGACCAGCAGAAACUGUAAACAUCUCUCUCUCACACACACACACACACACACACACACAUAAACACACACACUCUCUCUCUCUCUCUCUCUCUCUCUUUCUCUCUGUCCUACAGGACCAGUAAAGGCCUGUUCCAGUCACUGCAGGGUCAAACAGUUCCCACAGCGCAACAAUUGCUAACUAAGAAUACUUGAUUUUACAGUUUUAAACAUUGGUUUAAAAAUUAUAAAAGUGUUUUGAAUGUAGGAAGCUUUGGGUCUGAUAUGUAUUUAAUAUAUUAAAUACAGAUAAAGUGAGAUCUAAACUAAACAUUCAAACAAAAAAUUGGAAAUUUGUGACCUCUGAACCCUGCAAAGCUACGGAUUCAGCAUAAAAAAAAGUUUUUAAAUGUUAUUUUAGUUAUAAAAGCAAAAACAACAAUAAUACAAUAAUAAAGGAAAUAUAUGUAGAUAAGCUGUGGAUGCUAGCUGGCUAAUGUAGCCUGUAACUGUAAACAGAGCUAACAUUAGCUUCACUGUUUCUGAGUAGAAAUUCCAUUAGAAUUGUUCUGCCCUGCAGUGGAAAAGAGAACAGAGGCUGUAUACAUUCUCUCACACGCACACACACACACACAUAUACACACACACACACUCCUCUCAUAUCCCAUGGGCCAUCAUUUCCCAGGCUUCAUGGUGUGACUUUAAUGACUAAGCAAUUUACGUCCACACACACAAACACACACACACACACUCUAGACAUUUGGACACUUUGGACAUAAGAGACCUGUCCAAUCUCUCCAUCACUGUGUUAUCCGUGUGGCUAGGAUGGGAUCACAGGACAGACGAGGACACACACGCGUGCCUGUCAGGUGGGACUGUGUACGAACCUUGUACGAACCCUGUACAGGAACACGAAGCACCUGAUCAGAACGGACUUCUCUGAUUGGCUCUUCUUUUGACAUCCUACUGGAGGCUCUAUGAUGUAAGUGAUUUGCGGUGGAACCAUUGGUUCUGGACCAGUACGAAUUGUACGUUAUGUGACCGGUUAUAACAGUACGACACAAAUAAUAUUCCUCUCCAGGCUACGCCCCCAAAACAGCUUGUUCCUAGUUACUGUUGCUAGGUAAGACAAACUGUAGACACUAUUUGGUAAAACCCUACACCUUUUAACACUACACCUAUGGUAUUUAUCAUUUGAUCAAAUGCAUUUUUUUGAUAUGUUACAUGCUAAAAAUGCCUCACGGCAAAAACACGCCUUUGUUUUUAAUUUUUUUUCAAGAUGAAUUCUAAUAUUUUAUUGAUUGUAUUGUUACAGUCUUAUUGUUUCAGGGCACUAAUUAUUACAUUGUAUUUGGUACUUUUCUCUUCAGAAAUUUAUAAAAGUGAAUAAAUCAGUUCAGUAGGGAAACAAUGGGCACAAGAACAACAUCCUGUUCGGGUGAAAAGCUGAUAUGCUAAUAUGCAAAUACUGUUUUAACUGAGCUGUGUUAACUUAUGUCCUUCAUGUUCACUCUUUAUAUGUAGAGUCUACAGUAUAUAGACAGUUUAAAGUGCAUUAGCAUUAGCAUUAUUAGCACUGUUGCCUGAUCAGCCUCAUUACCUGCAGAAUGUACGAGCUCCACACGUGCGAGCCUCACUGUACUCAGAACAGUGUAUUUUUGGACCAUGUUUAAACAUUCCUUUAGGUACUAAUCUGAUAUUAUCUGUGAGAGAGAGUGAUUAAUUCCUGUUUAUUAAGUGUCUCCAGCGUGCCGGUUUAUGUGUAUAUGUUGAUCAGACGAGGCAGCGAUGUUCAGAAUAAGGUGUAAAUAUACUGAAAUGUGUGUAAUGAGUUUUAGCUGCGUUUAGAAGGAUAUUAUGACGUUUUUAUUUUUAUUUUUGGUUUCCUCCACUGUGCCUUGUGGUGGUGUAGUGGAUCUCUGAUCAUCUGUGAUUAACAUGGAUCACCCAAAACGAUUAAAUUACAAGAGUUUAACUAUAAA